GGAGGGGGCCGCGGGGAGGGAGGCGGGAAGAGCGCGGCACUUCCGCUGGCCGCUGGCUUGCUGGCCGCUCCCGGAGGCGGCGGCGGGAGCGGAGGGAGCGCAGGGGGCGCGCGGCCCGGGGACUCGCAUUCCCCGGCCCCCCUCCACCCUACGCGGCCUGGACCAUGGACGCCAGGUGGUGUGCAGUGGUGGUGCUUGCUGCGUUCCCCUCCUUAGGGGCAGGUGGGGAGACUCCCGAAGCCCCUCCGGAGUCAUGGACCCAGCUCUGGUUCUUCCGAUUUUUGGUGAAUGCGGCUGGCUAUGCCAGCUUUAUGGUACCUGGUUACCUCCUGGUGCAGUACUUCAGGCGGAAGAAUUACCUGGAGACAGGUGUCUUAUCUGACUUGGGGUGUGCUGCAGGAAAGAGUGAUGACCCGCAGUUAUGGGGCCACAGCCACAUCACCGGGUGAGCGCUUUACGGACUCACAGUUCCUGGUGCUAAUGAACCGAGUGCUGGCACUGAUUGUGGCUGGCCUCUCCUGCAUCCUCUGCAAGCAGCCCCGGCAUGGGGCACCCAUGUACCGGUACUCCUUUGCCAGCCUGUCCAAUGUGCUUAGCAGCUGGUGCCAAUACGAAGCUCUCAAGUUCGUCAGCUUCCCCACCCAGGUGCUGGCCAAGGCUUCUAAGGUGAUCCCUGUCAUGCUGAUGGGAAAGCUUGUGUCUCGCCGCAGCUACGAACACUGGGAAUACCUGACAGCCACCCUCAUCUCCAUUGGGGUCAGCAUGUUUCUGCUAUCCAGCGGACCAGAGCCCCGCAGCUCCCCAGCCACCACACUCUCAGGCCUUGUCUUACUGGCAGGCUAUAUUGCUUUUGACAGCUUCACCUCAAACUGGCAGGAUGCCCUGUUUGCCUAUAAGAUGUCAUCGGUGCAGAUGAUGUUUGGGGUCAAUUUCUUCUCCUGCCUCUUCACAGUAGGCUCACUGCUAGAACAGGGGGCCCUGCUGGAGGGAACCCGCUUCAUGGGGCGACACAGUGAGUUUGCUGCCCAUGCCUUGCUACUCUCCAUCUGCUCCGCAUGUGGCCAGCUGUUCAUCUUUUACACCAUUGGGCAGUUUGGGGCUGCUGUCUUCACCAUCAUCAUGACCCUCCGCCAGGCCUUUGCCAUCCUUCUUUCCUGCCUUCUCUAUGGCCACACUGUCACUGUGGUGGGAGGGCUGGGGGUGGCUGUGGUGUUUGCUGCCCUCCUGCUCCGAGUCUAUGCACGGGGCCGCCUAAAGCAACGGGGAAAGAAGGCUGUGCCUGUUGAGUCCCCUGUGCAGAAGGUUUGAGGGUGGAGAGGGCCUGAGGGGUGAAGUAAAAUAGGACCCUUCCACCAUCCCCAUUUCCCUCUUCGUCACCUCUGAGGAGCUGGCUCAAGGGCAAAACGCAGGUGUUUUCUCAGUAUCACAGACCAGCUCUGCAGCAGAGGGUGGGGAGCCCAGGAGGCAGCCUUCCCUUUUGCCUUAAGUCACCCAUCUUCCAACAAGCAGUUUAUUCUGAGCUCCAGGGUAGAGACAGUCCUCAGUGAGGGGUUAAGAGGGCAUAGAGAGCUUCUACAGUUCUCUAAGUUCUGGUUAAGUCUUGCCCUAGCUGUGGCUCUGCCACCUUCUAGACUCCCCCCACCGCCCCCCAUCUAUAGACAUCCAUUUCUUACCCUGGUGAGAAAAGCACAAAGUGGUGUAGGCUCCAAUGCUGCUUUCCCAGGAGGGUGAAGUGAAGAUGGUGCUGUGCUGAGGAAAGAGGAUGCAGAGCCCUGCCCAGCACCACCACCCCCUAAGCUCCUGGAUCCCUAGGCUCUGCUCCAUGAGCCUGUUGCAGGUUUUGGUACUUUAGAAAUGUAACUUUUUGCUCUUAAUUUUAUUUUAUUAAAUUAAAUUACUGCAGUGGACUUGGUCCUGUGUUUUGGUUGACUGAAAGGGCCUCAUUACAUGGUAGUUUACCCAAACUGCCUUUAGCUUCAGUGUGUGUUAAGACACAGAAUACCAAUGAGCCCUAACUACAAAACCAACUCAACAACUUGCUGUGCUCAUGAAAACAGGAAGGAAAGAGCUGGGGUAUGAAAGGAAGAGAAGCUAGGGAAAGACAACAUAUCCACCUUACAAGGGAGAGCAGAACUGUAUAAAAACAGCAUAUUCUUUAUUUUGCAUACUUUAAUUUCAGAACAAAAUGAACAAAAUAAA